AUGAGCACAUUAACACAACCCACGGGGGAAGACAACCAUUUACAGCAGAUCAGACUUGGCAUUAAAACAUGCGCGGUGAUGAUUCCACUGCUGGGUGUCACAUGGCUUUUUGGUCUUUUGCUAUCAUCACACAAAGCUUUCGCCUACCUUUUCACCAUUUUCAGCUCUACUCAGGGAAUCCUGAUUUUCGUUCUUCAUUGUGUGCGGAACAGCCAGAUUAGAGAGCAAUUGAAAAGGAAGAUAAACAUCAUUUUCCCAUCUGCUGUAGAUCAUGGAAGCUUUGCGAAGAAGAGCUCUCAAGUUAAUCCAAGAGAUACCAGCGAAGUGAGGGCAGUAGAAAUGCAGUCCUUCAAAGAAUAG